GUACCUCACACAGAUCCCAUUUUUCUCUCUUUCUCAAGAAACACUCACGACUUCCCAAAUAUGAGCAGCUCUACUGGAAGAACGACUCUUGAUGUCGGAGCUGAUGGAGUUGCCAUCAUCACCAUCAUCAACCCGCCCGUCAAUUCUCUUUCAUUUGAUGUGUUGUACAGUUUAAAAGACAGCUGCGAGCAGGCGCUGAGCAGACAGGAUGUGAAGGCAGUUGUUAUCACCGGUGCAAAAGGGAAGUUUUCAGGUGGUUUUGAUAUCAGCGCGUUUACGAAAAUUCAGAACAAAAGCAUUCAACCUCCAAAACCUGGUUUUGUAUCACUGGAGAUUCUCAGUGAUGUUGUUGCAGCUGCAAGGAAACCAUUUGUGGCUGCUGUUGAUGGUCUUGCAUUGGGUGGGGGAUUGGAAGUUGCAAUGGCCUGUCAUGCACGUAUAUCUACCCCUACUGCUCAGUUAGGAUUGCCCGAGCUGCAGCUUGGAAUAAUUCCUGGAUUUGGAGGCACUCAGGCCCUUCCACGCCUUGUAGGCAUAGCUAAGGCUCUUGAAAUGAUGCUGACUUCAAAGCCUGUAAAAGGGGAGGAGGCCUUGAAUGUGGGACUUGUGGAUGCUAUUGUUCCACCGAAUGAGUUGCUGAAUACCGCUCGUCGCUGGGCUCUUGAUAUUUUGGAGCUUAAAAAACCAUGGGUUAUCAGUUAUUACAAGACUGAUAAGUUGGAACCUCUAGGUGAAGCAAGGGAAAUACUGAAGUUUGCACGAGCUCAGACUCGUAAACGGGCUCCAAACCUCAUGCAUCCAUUGGUUUGCAUUGAUGUUAUCGAGGAGGGUGUAGUUUCUGGUGCUCGUGCUGGACUUUGGAAGGAAGCUGAGGCAUUCCAAUCUCUCCUGGAGUCGGAUACUUGCAAGAGCUUGGUGCAUUUUUUCUUUGCCCAGCGGGGUACCACAAAGGUUCCUGGAGUCUCGGAUCGGGGGUUGAAACCAAGGAGUGUAAAGAAGGUCGCUAUACUUGGUGGAGGGCUAAUGGGCUCCGGAAUAGCGACGGCUCUGAUUCUCGCUAAUUACCAAGUUAUCCUGAAAGAAAUCAAUGAUAAGUUCUUACAAGCUGGAAUUGAUCGAGUGAAAGCAAACCUGAAAAGUCGUGUAAAGAAAGGGCAAAUGAGUCCAGAGAAGUUUGAAAAAACUAUUGCUUUGCUCAAAGGCUCCCUCGAUUAUGAAAGCUUUAGAGACGUAGACAUGGUGAUUGAGGCUGUCAUUGAGAAUGUAUCCUUGAAGCAGCAAAUUUUCUCUGACCUUGAGAAAUUCUGUCCUCCACACUGCAUUCUUGCUAGCAACACUUCUACCAUCGACCUGAAUUUAAUUGGGGAGAAGACUAGGUCUCAUGAUCGCAUUAUCGGAGCUCAUUUUUUCAGCCCUGCCCAUGUCAUGCCACUUUUAGAAAUCGUCCGCACACCAAAGACAUCUCCUCAAGUUAUUGUUGACUUGCUCGAUGUUGGGAAGAAGAUUAGGAAGACGCCUGUUGUGGUUGGAAAUUGCACAGGCUUUGCUGUCAACCGAAUGUUCUUCCCCUACACUCAAGCCGCUCUUCUACUUGUUGAACGUGGUACAGAUAUCUAUAAGAUCGAUAAGGCAAUCACCAAAUUUGGCAUGCCGAUGGGCCCAUUCAGGCUGUGUGAUCUUGUUGGUUUUGGAGUGGCGAUUGCCACCGGGGGACAAUUUGUCUUGAACUUUCCAGAAAGAACUUACAAGUCUAUGCUGAUACCGCUCAUGCAAGAGGAUAAGAGAGCAGGUGAAACUACUCGUCGAGGUUUCUACGUUUAUGAUGACAAGCGCAGGGCCAACCCCGACCCUGAAAUCAAGAAGUACAUUGAGAAAGCCAGGGAGAUGUCUGGUGCUGCCAUCGACCCUAAGUUAACAAAAUUGUCGGAUAAGGAUAUCGUGGAAAUGAUAUUCUUCCCCGUGGUGAACGAGGCGUGUCGUGUACUGGACGAAGGUAUUGCUGUCAAAGCAGCUGACCUUGAUGUUUCUGCUGUCAUGGGCAUGGGCUUCCCCCCAUACAGGGGAGGUCUCAUAUUCUGGGCUGAUUCUCUUGGAUCCAAAUAUAUCUGCUCUCGGCUGGAGGAAUGGUCGAACUCGUACGGAGGAUUUUUCAAGCCUUGCUCUUACUUAGCCGAACGAGCUGCAAAGGGUGCACCUCUGAGUCAAAUGUCGAGUCCGGUAAAGUCACGCUUGUGAGGUUGCUGUGCGGUUUGCUGGCUAUUUGCAUCCCCAGGUUCGUUGUUUGAUGUUCGUUUCUUGGUUGCAUGAAGGGAGAAAAAUAAUGGAGAGGUGAAGUAGAAUAAGGAAGUGUAAUUGCAAGAAUUGAAAGAUGAAGUAUAAAACUUUUAUUACAAGUGAACUUGUUUGGUUAAA